AGUAAGAUGAGUCAUGUUCCCUUGUUUACGGCAUUCGAAUACUACUUUAUUAGUAAAAAAUAAUAUUUCAGUCGUGUAUUAUUUGACUACAUUUCCCAGGCUACUACACACUUUACGUCACUGCCCAACCUUCAAUUCCAUAAGUGGUGAAUCCGAUUCCUCCGGCCUGAAACGCAGCGAUGCCAGCGACCAUGGCAGAUACAGUGGACCCUGGUCCAGGCGCGGCCACUGACCGGGACACCCCGCGCACAACCCGGCCACAUUUCGUCUCGUUCAGCGAUACCGUUCAGCCAGCAGUCGGGAUGGUUAGCCAACUACUGAGCCAGCAGUCCCUGAAGUUCGACAAAAACAUCAAACAGGCCUUCUACAACACGGGAGCGAUGAUCUUCGUAGCGAUCUGUUGCGGAGCAUCGGUGUUGGUUUACUUCAUCCUGGAGGCUUUUCUACGGCCGCUGCUGUGGGCAGUGCUGUGCGGCACUUUCCUGCACCCGUUCAAGUACUCGCUCGCCCGCCUCGGCCGCUCUUGGCUCAGCAGGCUGCAGGACAGCGGGACGCCGAUAGUAGUGGGCACUCUGCUGGUACCGGUGUGGUGCGUGAACUACGGGGUGGAGACACUGGGAGAAAUGGUCGUAGAUCGGCUCAAUGUACUGCUGGCAGUUGGGGCUGGUGUACCCCUGCUUUAUUUCUUAUAUCUGUUCUGGAGCGUCAUUGGCAUGCAGGUGAUCCUUAGUCACGUCUGUGCCGUAAUCUGUUUCGGCCUGGAUUGUUUCAGCUAUACUUGGGUUGGCACGUUAGUUGUUGGCUAUGUGUUGGCAGUAGCCUUUAAGUGGACGCCUGGCAUGGAAAGUUACUUGCGUUCCCUGUCUGUGCCUGUAUGGACAGCACUUAUUUUCUACCUGGUCUCUCUGACAGGGUCGUGGCGGGUGCCUGUGUUUGUCGUGGUGGUGUUCCUGCUAAUAGUGGGAUCUCAGCAGAAGCCUGUUGUUCCAGGGAAAGGCGAGCUGUCUGGUCAGGUUCUCUCCUUUGCUGCUAACACAAUCUUCAUGGCAAUCUCCUGCAGUAAUUUCAGCCAUGCUGAGAAGAUACAGGAUGAGACAAGCACCAAAGAACAAUCCACAGUGUUGGACUCUCCGAUGGACUCUCCGAAGGUGGUCUUCAGCCGGAGUAGAAGCAGACUAGAGUUCAGGGGUCUCCAGCACAAAGAGAGGACCAGUGAUAUCUACUUUGUGCUGCUUGCGUGGGCUAUAGUGUUGGUGCAGGUCUGGCUCAACCUCUGGAUCUUACAGUUGUUGCCCAUCCCUGUUGCUGUUUGGGUCCUGAAGAAGAUGUUUGUGCGUUUUGGGAUGAAGGACUUCGCUGGACGGACUCUACUGAAAUGGUGGUCGGCUUCUGAGAAGUUUGUCAAAGACAGACAGGAUGCCCUGCUGCCUGGACCGAUCAAAGGCUUAGCUCAGUUCUUGCUUCGGGUGGACACUAAGCUCUGGCAUUGGCUUAACAAGCAGAUGAUCGUGUGGCUGGAGCGCUCCUUGGAUAAGCUGAUCAGUAUUUUCAUUAUCUUCCUGUUGGUAACUGGCACACUGCUCAUGGCCUUGCUGCUCACAGCUAUGGUGCACCAAGAGAGUGUUCAUAUCAUAGAGGUCACCAGUAACCUGAUCAACGAGACUGUGUCCAACCACCCAGAGUGGGCCAACUGGCUCCCAGAGGCCCAGGUUGUUCAGAAGGCUUUAAACUCUGCUGCCACAAAUGUUUACCAACAUGGAAGAGAAUGGAUCACACUUAAGCUUCAUAAGAUGUUGGGUGAUAAAGUAAACAACACGGCCGUAAUCGAGAAACAAGUUCUGGAGUUGUGGGACCGUCUCUAUCAGUCCUGGAUUGUUAAGAAUGUGACUCAUACUGGACGGCACCGUGGAAACAAGCAACAUCUUCACAGGCAGAACAGCUGGCUAGGGGACAUACUAGACUGGCAGGACAUCGCCUCAUUCGUGCAGGAGAAUAUUGAGACUCUGCUCUCGAUCUUGGAGUCUCUGUGGGUGGUGAUGAGUCGAAAUGUUGGUUUGCUGAUAUCCACAACAACCACGCUGCUCACCGUACUGUUCCACAGUGGCACCGCACUGCUCAACUUUGUCCUGUCUCUGGUAAUAGACACACACACAAAUCCAGAGUUUUGA